AUGGACACGAUUACCUCAACAACAGAUACACUCCCUCCCUAUACCCGACGAAGAUCAGACGCGGCACCAAUCCCAAUAUCAGAUCUAGAUCAAGAAACCCCGAAACCAGAAAGUACGCAUUCCAGCACGAGAACUACGGAGCGCCUGUCGAAGAGAUUCCGUCGCGCUUCGAAGGAUAUGGUGCCUAAGCGAAAUCGUCGUUCCCAGGAUUCAACCUCUACGAAAGAUUCUGAACUUCCAAUCUCGCCGACUUCCGCAACAAGUACAACCUCAGGCAAGAAGAGCAAAUCUCAUGUUGUGGAAAUCCCUGGUCGUCCCCAGUUUGCUGAGGGUUUGCCGAUGUUCCCUAUGCGUGCGAAGAAGGCUUAG